AAUCGAACAGGUGCUUUUCGCUCUAAUUUAUUUUGAAAAAAUAACCGUUAAAGUCAAACUUAAAUCAAGAGAAAUAAGUGAUGAAGUGGAAACUAGAAAAUAUGUGCAUAUAACGGUGUUUAAAAAAAUAUAAUACAUAUAUCUGUCUAUCUACUUCAAUUUAAAUAAAAGUGUUGAGAAGUUUUUUUAGGGGAAAAAUAAAAACGAAUAAAUCGUUAUUAUUUAAAUAAAAUAUUAACACAAAUAAAAAUGAAACAAAUGAGUAAAAUUUCACAAAAAAUCAGCACGCUGCUGCUGCCAUCUAGUAAACACAUCCUUGCCAUUUUAAUUUUAGUGACAAUAUUCACAACAUCAGUGCAUGCGUGCGGACCGGGUCGGGGUAUUGGGGGACCCCGGAAAAAUCGUAAGCUCACCCCGCUCGUAUUCAAACAACACGUACCGAAUAUGUCGGAAAAUACGUUAGGGGCGUCGGGCUUGAAUGAGGGCCGAAUAAAUCGGGAUGAUGCCAAAUUCAAGGAUCUAGUACCAAAUUACAAUAGGGAUAUAAUAUUUAAGGACGAAGAGGGUACUGGCGCUGAUCGUGUUAUGACACAGCGCUGUAAGGAUAAAUUAAAUACACUAGCCGUGUCUGUGAUGAAUCAAUGGCCUGGCAUAAGAUUGCGAGUAACUGAAAGCUGGGACGAAGAUAACAAUCAUCGUAACGAUUCAUUGCACUAUGAAGGACGUGCUGUUGAUAUCACAACAUCAGAUCGUGACCGAACAAAGUAUGGAAUGCUUGCCAGGCUGGCCGUUGAGGCUGGCUUCGAUUGGGUCUACUAUGAGAGUCGAGCACACAUUCAUUGCUCUGUUAAGUCGGAUUCAACUCAAACAAAUCACAUGAGUGGCUGCUUUACUGGCGAAAGCACUGUCUUAACAUCUUCCGGCGAAAAGAAACAAAUGAGUGAACUCCAAGUCGGCGACCAGGUUCUCAGUAUGACAGCAGAUGGCAGCACUGUGUACAGCGAAAUCAUUCUAUUUUUGGACAGAGAUAUCGAACGCACACAAGAGUUCGUUCGAAUUCAAACAGAUGGCGGUGCGGUUUUGAAAGUAACUGCACAGCAUUUGGUGAUGGUUUGGAACCCUGCUAAGAAGCUAAUGAAAUUUGUCUUUGCUGACCAAGUCGAAGAGAGCGACUUUGUGCUGGUGAACCGUUUCGGUAAUUUGGAACCGCAAAAGGUGGUGAAUUUGUCAGCGAUCAAAGCCAAAGGUGUUGUGGCGCCCCUAACUCGAGAAGGAACAAUCAUCGUGGACUCGGUAGCGGCGUCAUGCUACGCUGUUAUCGAUAGUCAGAGGAUGGCACAUUGGAGCUUCUGGCCAUACAGAAUGUUGGCGACAAUGCACCAUUGGGUUGGUGAAACGAAUUCCAUUCAAGAUGGAGUGCAUUGGUACGCGAGAGCCUUGUUUUCAAUUAAAGACUCAGUAUUACCAAGCAGUUGGAUGCACCACUGACAUUUUUAGGAUAUAAACAAAUUCAUGCACAUAUUUAUAUAUAAAUUAUUUAUUUUUAUUCGUUUAUAUUUAAUAAUUUUAUUUUAUUUUAAUUUAGUCAUCCACGAAGGGAAAAGGAAAUGUUGUUGUGUUAGGAGUUAAAGACAAAAUUAAGAAAUGUACAUAAACUGGCAUGACAACAAAUCAUUUCCUUUUCUCUAAAAUGUAAAUUAUUUUAUAAAAUUUAGAUGAGUAAAGUCAUUAAAAAUAGAAGAAAACAUAAAAGAAAUUGAAACAUACAUAUUUCCUGGCCAGUGUUGCAUGCAAACAAAUUUCUUGCAUUAUUUACUAAAAUACCUAGUUUGAAAAUAAAAAAUAAUAAAAAAAUAUUUGUUAAAUGUGUAAGUUGAAAAAUAAAAUUAUUACUGUAUAAAAUGUAGUUAAUAAAUUAAAUACUUCUAUUUUUCCAUUUUUCUUUGACUGUUUUAUUUAAUUGAAUAUACUUUUUUAUAUUAAUAUUUUAUUUUAAAUUAUUUCUAUAGCAGUUAAAAAAUAUAUGAAAAAACAAUUGAUUUGUAAAUAGUUAGUUAUGCAAAAAAAAACAGUGAUAUAUGUAAUUAAUUUAAUUUCUAUUAUUUUAUAUAGAUAUUUUUAAUUAAUGCUUUAAUAUAAAAAUUUUUAUACAUUCGUAUAUUCUCUAAAUGUAUCAUCGCAGUUGCAUUUUGCCGUUUGCGACAGUUUAUUUUGUUUAUAGAUAAAAUAUUUUUUGUUUAAUUGUUCAUUAAAUAAAUAAAUACAAAAUAAAAGCAAACAAAACCCGAGAAAAAUAAAUUUAAAUAAAAUAAUUAGGGAUAACUGGAAAGGAGAUAUGACUGAAUGACUUAACGACUGAUUGUUUUGUUGAGAUAAUGAAAAAUGAACCUUGUUGUAUUUUAAUUAUUUUUAAAGUAUGAUCUUGUAAAUAAGUAAUUAUACAUACCUUGUUUCUAAGUUUAAAUUAAAGAUAUUAUUUAAGGAAAAUUAUUAUAUUAAAAAAAAAUACAGUUUUGUUUAAAAAAAAUUGUUUAGGUAAAGGUUAAUACCUAAUUAAAACCGAACCCUGAUCGAAAAUAAUAAAAAUCAAGGAAAUUUCUUGGAAAA